GUGUUAUCAAUUUCGGAUUUUAAAUUGUUCCAAAAGUGUUUUUACAUGAACACACAAUGACAACAGGAAGUAAAUUGAAUGCAAAUUGUUUGAAAAUAUUUGUGAAAAUUCUGUGAGAUUUUAAGUGAGGUAUUGUUUUGUUGAGGUUAUGUUUCUAAAAACAAACUGCAAGAUUUAAGUUUUUGUCUGGAAUGGCAACGUUCCAAAAUCGGGGAAGAAAUCCUUGCACCAGCUACAAAAGAGAAGGUAGAACUAAGCAAAACGUUUUUGAAUGUUUGCCUUCAUCUGGUGAUUACCAGGGCGGAUGUGAGGGGAAAAAAUUCAGAACAGAGGGUAGAGCUAACCAAGAUGUCUACGAGUGCUGCCCGCCAACACCAUUGGAGCUGAGAUGCAGUGUGUGCUACACAGCUGAGAGGGAUGGUUGCAACCUCUGGACUUGUGUUCCCUUCGUGUCCUACUCUGUACUCUGUGGACCGACUCUGGCCGAUCUGCUGGUCCUGCUGCUCAACCUGCUGCCCAUGUCCUUCCUCGCUUGUCUUGGCAUCGCCCAUCCACGCUGCUGCAAAGAAAAAGCCAAACCAUUCAUCAAGAACUGCAACCCAGAGAAGAAGCCUCCGCGGUGUGUUCCAGUCAACAGGUGUGGAGACAGGCGAGAGGUGAAGAGAACAUCUUACCCUAAACCUGAGGCUGGCGACACAAGCUCCUGUAACGAUGACAUCUACGCUUGGAUGCACGGAGAGUACGAAGCUCUGGCCCAGGAGUUGGCUGAGAUCAAGAGAUUGACGACGGAAGACAACGACACUGACAACAGAGAUUUGCUGCAGGCUAGGAACUACGUGCUGGACAGACUGGCGGAGAUGCUGGCAAUGCGAGAGGAGAUAGAGAGAAAGGAGAAAAAGAAGCAGAGUCGAUGAUUUUGGAUAUUGCAUAUCUACGGCAAAAAUUAACUCUCAACAUACUCUUCAUUAAUUUUUAUCUUUUGUGAAAUUAUAGUCUGUAUAAAAUUAUGUUUGUAAAAGCUGUUUCGUGGUUGGCAUGUAUUGAAAUACAGCCCUUGAGUAAACCUUCGAAGAUAAGGAAUGAUUGUAUCACGAAGUAAACGGUUAAGAUGGA